UUAAAAAUAUAGGUUGGCAACGUGAAAUAGAUGCAUAUGAUUGGUGAAAUGUUAUCUCUCCAGUCUAACAACAAUUAUGUGCUACCAUUAUUAUCAUUCACUGUGACCAACCGAAGUAUUUAGCAGAAAACUUUUUUAGGGGUACCCGAUAUUUCUGUCCACCCUGUAGGUAGUAGGUACCUAGCGAUAUUUUGAGAAUUUUUUUGUUUUUUUGAAGUACGAAAAUAUUCGUAUACCAUUCGAAAUAAAACUACCGAACUUUCGUCGUUUCGUGAUCUCUUCUGCGUGUGUUUAAUUUACCUAUGCCAAAUCAUGAACGCAUUUAUCAGAAACCCGGUUCUUCGUCCAAAGUGUAUCACUUCUCGUUUAAAUGAACUCGCGAAUGAUGCAAGUUGUCUCAGUCGAGCUCUACACUUGGGAAAAUCAGACAAAGCCUGCAGUGUUUCGAAUGAUAUAUCUGACUCAUAUGCUGUAGUAGAUCAUAGUUUCGAUGCGAUAGUCGUAGGAGCUGGCGGUGCCGGUCUGAGAGCAGCAUUUGGUUUAGUCGAAGAAGGAUUUAAAACAGCUGUUAUUACUAAAUUAUUCCCUACGAGAUCUCAUACGGUUGCUGCCCAAGGAGGUAUUAAUGCUGCUUUGGGUAAUAUGGAAGAUGAUAAUUGGCAGUGGCACAUGUACGAUACGGUGAAAGGUUCGGAUUGGUUGGGUGAUCAAGAUGCAAUUCAUUAUAUGACGAGAGAAGCACCCAAAGCUGUCUGCGAGCUGGAAAACUACGGUGUACCAUUCAGUAGAACUCAAGAUGGUAAAAUUUACCAAAGAGCGUUCGGUGGACAAAGUUUAAAAUACGGUAAAGGAGGACAAGCUCAUAGAUGCUGCUGCGUAGCUGAUCGAACUGGACAUUCAUUGCUGCAUACUUUAUACGGUCAAUCUUUACGUUACGAUUGUCACUAUUUCAUCGAAUAUUUCGCCUUGGAUUUACUGAUGGAGGAUGGAGAAUGUGUCGGUGUGAUUGCUUUUUGUCUAGAAGACGGGUCCAUUCAUCGAUUCAGAGCUAAAAAUACGAUUUUAGCUACCGGUGGUUACGGACGAGCUUAUUUCUCUUGUACAUCGGCUCAUACGUGUACUGGUGAUGGUACAGCUAUGAUUACCAGAGCUGGCUUGGUCAAUCAAGAUCUCGAAUUCAUACAGUUUCAUCCUACUGGAAUUUAUGGAGCUGGUUGUUUGGUGACCGAAGGCUGUCGUGGUGAGGGUGGAUAUUUCGUCAAUAGCGAAGGAGAACGGUUUAUGGAACGGUAUGCUCCUGUUGCCAAAGAUUUAGCAUCACGUGAUGUUGUCUGUAGAUCGAUGACUAUUGAGAUCAGAGAAGGAAGGGGUUGUGGACCGGAAAAAGACCAUAUUUAUUUACAACUGCAUCAUUUGCCUCGAGAACAGUUGGCUUUGAGAUUACCAGGUAUUUCAGAAACGGCGAUGAUAUUCGCCGGCGUAGACGUGACCCAAGAACCUAUACCAGUAUUGCCCACCGUUCAUUACAAUAUGGGAGGUGUUCCUACGAACUAUAAAGGCCAAGUAUUGAUUAACGAAAACGGUAGUGAUAAAGUCGUACCUGGAUUAUAUGCCUGUGGCGAAGCCGCCAGUGCCUCCGUUCACGGUGCUAACCGUCUAGGAGCCAAUUCAUUGCUGGAUUUAGUCGUAUUCGGUCGUGCUUGCGCGAAGACAAUCGCCCAAGAACAUGUACCCGGUGAAAAAAUCAAAUCAACGAAAGAUAACAUUGGCGAAGAAUCAGUGAGCAAUUUAGAUAGCACUAGAAACGCCAACGGCGAUACACCUACGUCUGAAAUUAGAUUAGCUAUGCAGAAAACUAUGCAAUCUCACGCAGCCGUUUUCCGUUCCGAAGAAUCAUUAAAGGAAGGAUGUUCGAAGAUGACGGAGUUAUAUAAAUCAUUGGCUCGUGUCAAAGUGCAAGAUAGAAGUUUAAUCUGGAAUACAGAUUUAGUCGAAACGUUGGAAUUGCAAAACCUCAUGUUGAACGCUGUACAAACCGUAUACGCUGCUGAAAAUCGUAAGGAAACCAGAGGUGCUCAUGCCAGAGAAGAUUUUAAAUCAAGAAUAGACGAAUAUGAUUACUCGAAACCGUUAGAAGGACAGACGCGUAAACCAUUGGAGCAGCAUUGGAGAAAGCAUACGUUGACUGCGAUGGAUCCGAAGACGGGACAAGUUAAAAUUACUUAUAGACCUGUUAUCGACGAUACUUUGGACCAGAAUGAAUGCAAGACGGUGCCACCGGCAAUUCGAUCUUAUUAAUAUUCAUCUCAAGUACGUUUUAUAAAUUAUAAAAAUAAUUGCCAGAAAUGUACGUAUAAGUUUCCUAUACCUUACUCCCUUCAACUUAUUUAAAAAAUGAACUAAAAAAUUAAGUAUAAUGCAUCGACAUAUUGGUACGUGUCAAGUCAAAAGUAUGCAUCUAUACUAAUAAUAUGUACGAUUAUUCUUAUAUUGUUCAAAAAAAUGGAUCAGAGGAAAACUUUUUAAAAAUAAUCUCGCUCAUCGUAUAUUUAUUAGUGGCGCGAAUUGUUGCUAAUUUUCUUAGUUAGCGUGAUGGAGACCUUUUUGCGCCUUUUGAAUAUCGCAAUCACAGAAUACUCGCUUUUAAAAAUUAUUUUUAAUACGGUUUACGUUGUAUUUUGUUUUUCUCACGUGUCCUGUGGAAACUUUUAGCGUUUACAUAAUUUAAAAAAGUGAAAGUUAAUCGUCAUUCAGAUUCAAGUUUUAUCCCAGUGAUAUUCUUGAUUAAACGAUAAUUACCAGUCAGAUGAAUUCGGUGAUUGAGUAGUAUGAGUGAUGUAAAUUCAGAAUUUGCCGUUUCAAAUUAAUUACUGACAUCAUAACAUCCUACCUUUGUCCGGUAUACGUAUACAGAAAAAGCCUGAAUUAUUUCCGAAAGGAAAUCAUAAGGAUUAGAGCUCUGAAUUUUUUUGCACGUUGAUUUGAGCCUGUUAUAUCACCAUUCAAAACCAAAAAAAAAAACAAAAAAAAAAACUUUGAAGAGCCCAUUUUAAUUACGAUUCCCUCGUCGUUUCAUUGAGUUGAAAAACUCUAAAUUUUUUGGAAGAAUUUUGAGUGCCUUUAUUUUUUAAUGUUGAAACGUCUGACAUCUAAUGUGGAGAAUGGGAAGGCGGAGGUUAUUGAGACUCAACUUGAAAAGCUCAAACUUUUUACCCUGACUUUUCAAAAUUGUAUCAUGGGCCAUAAAAUAAUAUACCUUCGCAAUUCGAUUUCCCAUUGUUUUUUAAUGAAAAACUUACCAAUUUUUAAAAAUAAACACGUACGAGUAAUUCAUAAAGUAGGUACAUGAAAGAUGAAUAAAUUCCUACCGUGUUUAAUAGUCAAAUCCUUCUUCAGUCUCGUAUCUUUAAAUAUUUGUAGGUACAUAUCAAAUUUACCUUAACUUUAUUCGUCUUCAAUUUAUUAUUUUGACGCUUGCUUAUGAAGAUGAAAGAUGCUUAUUCCUGCAGCUUUUUUAUUUUAAAAAAACUAAGUAUUUUAUACAUAACCAUGGAAAUUAACACAAUAGAAAUCAACUCGUUUUUUUUACGAGCGGAUCGGGAGCACGCCGCGCCGGAGGCACAGUUUCACCUCGAUUAUGACGUCAGGUCAUUAUCUACUUGUGUUUUUUUUUUAAAGUCCGGCAUUUCUGUUCAAUUUUGUGUUCUUUGAUUUUUCUUCUUGAAUUGUCAUAUUCAUCAAAAUGAUCACAUAGUUUGUUUUAAAUCAACCAGAACAUUCAUUGAUAGACUUAUUGAGCAUUUUGUUUAAAAAAAUCUCAACCUUCAUUCCUUUUUUGAUGUAAUGAAUACCUACCUAAACGAACACAAAAUUUUAAGAUGCAGUCAAAUUUUAACCACUUCAAUGCAACUAAAUUUUUACCAGGGAACCCUUACAACACUUCCUCUUGAUUGAGCUGAAAUUUGGUGCACUGAAAGGUCAUGUCAUCUAGACCUCAGAACCAAAAACCACAGCUGGGUAAGAAAGGUGAAUCAGUUUCAAUUUCAAAUUUGUAAGGAUGCUACAUAGUACUCCCAUAUACAUUUUUCUCAGUGAAUCUUUAACAACUUCAAACACUAAUAAGUAAUAAACUACAGGGAAAAAAAAGAACAUGAAAUAGAAAUUAAUUGAAUUUUCAAAAGGUAACCUUUUAAUAUGGUUUUCUCCUUUGUGCCAAUGCCAAAUGUUUCCAAAUGCUUUAGAAUAACCUCUUUUAAACACUCAGCUGUGUGGUCUUGCAUCAACUUGGCAACUCUCAAAGAAAUGCAAUAAAAUUGUUCAUUUUAAUCAAAUGGGAAAUAUCUUUUUGCAUGUUACUUCCAUAUAAUUUGAUCAACUCUGUAGCAUUUAGACAAUGCAUGGUUUAAGGUUUUUCAAGGACCAUAGCUUUCAAUUGUUCACAAAUUUCUGAUAACGAACAUCUUCACCAGAUGACAAAAAGGGGGGCCAUCUACAGUCAGUUUUAUUAAUACAUUGUGUUUGAUUUUUCUUGCUAUGACAUUAAAGUAUUGAUUACUUGGGUAGCUUUUUGCAUUCCAAAAAAUUCAUCAAGCCCAGAUUGACUCCUAGUUGCCACUUAGUUUAGUCUCAAUCAAAUUAUUAAUAAAUUCAAUUUCCCUUUCAGUAUCAUUGACCUUUUCGAAGAAAUUGUACUGUGAUUUUCAUUUUGUUAUAGAUGUUUCUUGGUUUUGAAAACUAUGGACAUUGUUUACUCUAGAAACCUUUUAGCCAAAUCUCUCUUACUGAAUUUUUAACCACAUCUUUUAUGAGAGGUCUUAUGGUUUCGGUUUCUGUACUUCUAUAGUCAUACUAUUACUAAGAUCUACAACUUUCCAAUUGAGCUUGUGCACAGGAUGUAAAACUAUGGCACACAAGGCAAAUCUGACAGCAUCUUGCUAAAAAUCUAAUGUUAUGAAUGGUUUGAAUUGGUUGGGAAAUUUGGAUAGGACAACUAAAGCUGAUGUUUAUUUUAAUUUAUUGGUAGAUUUAGAGUAAAUUGUGUGAAUUGUAGGCAAGAAACUUCCACAAUAAAUAAUUUUCUCCCUGAUACCAAUCAGUGGUAUGAGCAAUCAGACCAUUCACAUUUUAAUAUAUUUUACAUCAGUAAUCAGACAAAAUAUUCAUGAUUAGUUACUGUCCCAUUUUGUCAAAUGACUCUUUAAAUAGAAGUCAGUCAUAUUCAUACCUAUAGUCUGAAGAAUUGAUUCGAUCUGCUUUUCCCCACUUUCUGAAACAGGAAUUGUGUAAUGGAUUCUCUGUUAAUAUUUUUAUAAAGAUCACUUAUAGCAUCAUAAAGUGAAUUCCAACAUGUUAUCAGUGACACUGGAUAUUUAAAAGUUAUUUUUAAAGAUUCUUCAACUCUUUGGUUGAUUUUGACAUUUUAUAGCUGACCACAAAAUACUGGCCUAUUCAUAAAUUGUUUAAUAGACCUGCUUGAAUUAAACAUUUUGAGGAGCUAACAGUAUGUCAGCAUAAUAUGCACCAGGAACAAGAUUUAUGGUGUUGCUUGCACAAAAAAUGUGUUUACUAAUGUACAAUGACCACUUACUUAUUCUAAAUCAUAUUUUAGUACAGGAAUUUUAGGUGAAACGAGAGAUGAAAAGGUGAAAUACGUCGCGGAAAUAAACCGGAAAACGAUAAUUAAUCGAACCGUUUUAAUGCAAGAAAUAUCACAUCGAUACAUACGUUAUUUACAUAGGGCUAAGAGAGAACUGAAUAACGAAGGCGCGAGAGUAUGGCGAGCAGUGGAACCGGAUGGACAAAAGAGGGAUGAUGAAACAUAGUUGUGGAUGAAGGGGUGCAGGGGGAAAUGCGAAAGCGGUUUAUAACGGACGUUAUGGAAUGUGUAGGGAUGGAGGGUGGCUGGAUGCAUUCGUGUAAAAAAUAUACACGAAUGCGCAAGGUUUGCUCGAACAUACUCCCCCCUGUUGAUACACUUAAGGUGUAUCAACCAAUAAUCGAAUAAUUUUGGACACGGCUCGUUUUGUGAGCCCGUUCUUACUCCUCAAGGUCACUACUCGGAUGACUCCGUCCUCUCCGGGAUGGAGGCUCUCGAUUCUGGCCAUGGGCCAGGUUAAAGGAGGGCUCUCGUCCCGGAUGAGCACGACUUCGCCGACAGUGAGCGGAGUGGCCGGUUGCGGAUUGGCUCGGUUGUGGAGUUCGGCGAGGUAAUCUCUUUUCCAUUGUGACCAGAAGGACUGAGACACCUCUUGGACCAUACGCCAUCUUUUCGUUAACGUGAGCUGCUCGCCGGCAGCGUUGGUGAUUGGAGAGGCGAGGAGAGGAGCGCCAAUGAGAAAGUGGCCUGGAGUGAGUGCCUCGAGAUUGUCGCUCGUUGGUGGUGUAAGAGGGCGCGAAUUCAGGACCGCUUCCGCUUGCGCCAAGAUCGUAGAUACCUCCUCAAAGGUGAGUAAUCGCCCUUGCAUCGAGUUGGUGAGGAGUCGUUUGGCAGACUUUAUGCCAGCCUCCCAUAAGCCACCAAAGUUUGGCGCAUAUGGAGGAAUAAAGUGCCAUUGGAUGCUUUUGUUGACGAGAUGCUGCGUUAUCUCAUUUUUUGACGACUUGAGGAAAGCCUCCACCUCCGUCAGCUUUCGCGCUGCACCAACGAAAUUGGUGCCAUUGUCACUGUAUAUGUUGGCUGGCAAACCACGUCGAGCAAUGAAGCGUUCUAGAGCGGCUAAAAAGGCAUCGGUCGUCAGAUCGCUGACCAACUCCAGGUGGACCGCCUUGGUGGCCAUGCAUACAAACAACGCAAUGUAAGCCUUGGUGCUAGUUGAUUUGCGUGCUAGCGAAAAUCGUACAUUGAUGGGACCACCAUAAUCAGUGCCAACGUCAGUGAAUGGGCGAGGCGGCACAGUGACAUGGCAGAUGGGCAGGUCUCCAGUAGGUUGCUGGAUAGGCGAGACCGCGUUGAGUCAGCGGCAGCCGACACAGCGGUUGGUGAGACGACGGACGACGUCACGAAUAUUCAAGAUCCAAUAUCUGUAGCGGAUCAUUGAAAUGACCAAGGUCGGACCAGCGUGCAAGUUGCUCUUAUGAAGGUGGCGAAUUAGGGAGAUGGUGAAGUUGGAUUUUGAAGGCAAAAUGAUGGGGUAGAGCACUUCUUGCGGAAGUUUGGCCUUUUGAGCUCAGCCACACACUCGAAGUAGACCAGUUUUUUCAUCAAUUUUUGGAGAUUGACGUCGGAGAGGGUCGCGUUUUUUGAGAGGGCGCUGUUGACGCAGUCUUUGGAAGGUCUCGGGAUAAGCUUCCUCUUGAGCAACUCUUAUGAGCUCAGUUCGCGCAAAAUCAAGCUCCUCAACAUCGAGUACGACCAUUUUUUCACAUUCUGCAAGUGGUAGUUUGUGGAUUUUCUUCCUAGAUUUAUUGUCACAAGCUUUGAACCUGGCAAUGGCACGGUUGAUCAAACCGAAAACUCGCAACAUCUUGGGGUGAGAGGAAUAUUUCGCUAUGAUGUGGGACUUGAUCGAGUAGGUAGUGGAGGUAGUCAAGCAGAUUUUUCGUUGCUCUUUGGUAACGGCGUUUGAGUUGACAGCGUUGAGUUGAAAAGACGAUGGUGGAGGAGGUAGAGGGGGGCUCCACCAUAGCGAACAUGUCGCAAGUGUUUCAGCAUUGGUACCGCGAGAUGCGAUGUCUGCUGAGUUGUGUUGAGAUCGUACAUGAUGCCAUUGAGUUGGUGGCAACAGGUUGGUGAUGUCGGUGACGCGAUUCGAAACGAACGUUCGCCAAGUUGAUGGGACCUUGCUCAACUAGGAGAGCACUAUGGUCGAAUCGGUGUAACCAAAACGUUGCUCCUUGACGCAGGGAUACGUAUCAGCGAGGCUAGUGAUGGUGCGUGAGAGCAACACUGCUCCACAUAGCUCCAGGCGCGGUAUUGAUAUAGUUUUCACUGGAGCCACACGCGUUUUUGCACCGAUUAAGUGCGUCAUUGAUUUUCCAGAAUCAAAGGUGACCUUUAUGUAAACGCAGCAGGCGUAGGCAGUUUCGGAUGCAUCGCUGAAGCCAUGCAAGGAGUAGGUUACUGUAGGUGACAGUCCAACAUGACGAGGUAUUCGGAUGCGGUGGAGGUGCUCAUUCGUUUGAGACCUGAAUGUGUUAUAGGCAGCUUUGAUGUCGUGGCUCAGUGGUGCGUCCCACGUAACAGGCUGUAACCAUAGCUCUCGGAGAAGGCAUUUGGCAACGAUCGUUAUUGGUGAGAGAAGACCAAGUGGAUCAAAAAUCCUUGAAAGAUAUGAAAGAAGCUUUCGUUUGGUAAGGGUUCCUUCAAUUUCUGGCAGGUUGGCAUGGUAGGCGAGUUCGUCAGAGUCAGUUUCCCACAACAUACCAAGGACCUUGGAAUAUCGACCAUCCUUGUCAAAUGAGAAACUUUUUGCUUCUGCCUUGUGGGUGACGUUGGAGAUCGCCUCUGGUUCGUUGGAAGCCCAUUUCCGUAAGUUGAAUUGGCCUCUAGCGCACAAUUGAGAGAGCUCACUUACAAGCUGGCGAGCUGCUUCAAUGGACUCCGCACCUGAUGAUACAUCGUCGAUGUAACGAUCCUUAAGGAGGACUGGCGCGGCAGCUGGAAAAUUGUGACCUUUGUCAGCUACAAGUUGCUCACUGGUUUGUAGAGCCAACCAGGCAGAUGGUCCAACGCCAAAGGUGACGGUGGUCAGGUAGUGAGCGAGUAACGGGUCAUUUGGAGAGUAACGCCAAAGUAUUUGUUGGUAUUGGAUGUCUGUGAAGUUGACUCCAAUCUGACGGUACAUUUGCUCCAUAUCAGCCAUGAAAGCAACAAGGUGGCGACGAAAUCCGGCAAAAACUGGCGAUAGUUGGCGUUGAAUGGCAGGACCAAUGUGUAGAACAUCGUUCAACGAAAUACCAGUGCUAGUUUUCUGAGAGCCGUUGAAAAUGACGCGAAAUUUGGCAGGGUCGUCUGGUCGCGUAACAGCAUGAUGCGGUAGAAAGUAAUUUGAGCCUUCAGACGCUUUGGCAGGCUGCAUGUGGCCCAGACGCUCGUAAUCUCGCAUCACUGCAUGGUACUUUGCACGGUAGUCGGAGUCGCGUCGCAUUCGGUUUUCAAUUUGGUAGAAUUGUCGCUCAGCUGUGCGAUAGGAGUUGCCUAGUUGAGAGACUUUUUCAUUAAAUGGCAAUCUGACGACAUAACGACCAGUGGGAUCGCGAGUUGUGGUUUUGGUGAAAUAGGUCUCACAUUCCAGCUCGGCUGGGGUCAAUUUCUUGACCUGAGAAAGUGACGAGACUAUGGGCGCAUCCUCAAUUUCCCAGAAUUGACGGAGUUGUUCUUCCAAAGUGAAACAGCACAUAUCGGCGGCAGAAGGAGCGGAGGGGGUGAGCAUCAUACUACCGGACACCAACCAGCCAAAAUUCGAAUUCAGCAAAGGUGGGAUGCUAGAGGUGAGUUCAAGCUUUCCAGCUUGCAUGAUGGUGGCCCAAUAUUCUGCUCCCAACAGGAUAUCAAUUGGCGAAUCGUAGCGGAAAUCGUCAGCCAGUGGCACACCUGGUUGUUGGAGCAGGUCAAUGACCUCAGGAGCUAUCUGCGAUGUAUAAUGCGUGAUAGUUCGCAAGAUUUUGGCGUAAACUUCGAUCUCAUAUGGCGAGUGACGUGAACGAAUGGUGAGGGUGGUGGCGAACUGCGGUGCCGUUGCUGAAGUGCCGCCAAUACCUUCCAUUUUGACGAAAACCUGCGUGGGUUUCAGCUUCAGCUCCUUGGCUAAUCGUUCGGUGAUUAAAGUACCGAAUCAACAACCAUACGUACGAGCCUCUGAUGCUCUCCAUGCACGGCAUGCACACAGGCGGUAGGGAGGCAGGUGGGUGCUGGUAGUUGAGUGUCAGUCCGGAGAACACCUGGGCAUGAGGGUUCAACGGAGGCAGGGGUGCGCUGUCCUUGUGGAGAGAAGUGUGGUGCGAGUUGCCGCACUUCUUGCACUUGGUUGAUCUGCACUUGUCGGCUGUGUGAUUCGGGUUCAGGCAGUUCCCACAUAGACGAUGCUUAGUGACCAAUUUUUCACGCUCCGUAAGGGAUGGCUGGGCAUAUUUUGGGCACUGGAAGGCGUAAUGCGGUUCCUUACAGAUGGGGCAUGGUUCCUUGGUUUGAGUGGUGAGGUGCGUGAACUUGGUUUCUGGCUUUCGCUUGUGAGGAUUUUGCACAGUUGUACUCGGAGGACGUUUUUCGGUGUUGGGGGUCGUUGAGGGUGCGGAUGAGCUGGCGAGUACUUCCGCGGCAGUGGCUCGCUGCUCCAGGAAAUUCACCAGUUCGCUGAGGGCAGGCAACUGAGUAGAAUCCUCCUGGGUUAUCUCCCAUUGGCGCCGGAGGCCGGGGGAGAGCUUUGUCGAAAGUAGGUACAUGAGGAUCGCGUCCCAUUGAUCCGUGGGUAAAUGUUGUGCAGCAAGAGCUCGAACUGAUUUUUGGAAGUUAUCCACCAAUCCGCGCAGCGAAGAGUCAGUGGAGGCGAUGGGGAGCUCAAACAUGGUUCGAAAAUACCGGUUAAUGAUGAGACGAGGGUUGUUGUACCGUUUCUUCAACGCAGACCAAGCUGACUCGUAAUCACCAUCUUCGAGCGUUAUUGACUCAAUUAGUUGAGCAGCCUCUUUCUUGCAGUACGACUUCAAAUACUGGAAUUUGAUUGGAGUCGGCACAAGGGGGUCCUCAUGGACUAACUUGGUGAAUAGCUGGUAAAAAGUGGGCCAUUCUUCCCAAUUGCCGGUGAAAUCUGGCAGCUCAAUUUUUGGCAGCCUGAUGCGAGCUAUGCCUGGGUGGUUGAGGUGGGGUUCUGAGGCUCCGGAGGUUGGAGCAGAGACAGACAUCGUGCGUACAGAGUUCAGCUCGUUGCGUUUUCUCUCAAGGCGCAUCCGCAGUUCGAAGGCCAGCGACUCGAAUCGCUCUCGCUCAACCUCCUGAGGGUCCACUUCACCCUCUCCUAGCGGCGUUUGGAGCUGCUCAACUUGCACCUGGAUUGUUUCGAAUUCGUUCUCGAUUUUCGUUAGUUGAUCGGAAAUUACGUUGACAUAGGGAUCGUCAGCAAGUUGGUCAGCUUCCAGCUUCGCUAGUCGGGUAAGCUUACCCUUAAUAACACCACGUUGACGGACUAGAUUGUCCAUCGUUCGGUUCGUUGAUACAAAAAAAGGAUACAAAAUACGUUGAUACAGGCAAGAAAAGGUAUAAAAAAUACGUUACUGAUAGGCGCGUCGUCGUGUUGGUGCGUAGUGUGGGGGUGGAGCGGUGGUAUGUGUCGCAGUGACUUACGUACUCGUUACUCGUUGAUCUGGUGGCCACCAGGGGAUGCUAUCGUGUAGAUAGGUUUGUUUGCCACGAAGGCAUGUUGAUUUGCUUCAGGAAAGCAGAACGCUCGCUUGAAAAGGAGCUCACCGCCACGUAGGCUCGUUGUUGCCUCGGAAAGGCACGCGAUCACCGCAUAGGCGCGACAAAACGCGACUCUCACUCGCGACACAUCGCGGCACACCGCGACACUACGUCACCGCACGACGUACGAUCGUUUAGCACGCCAUAGCGCUUAGUUCACUUCGCGGACAGGGAAAAUCGUGGUUUUUGUCGCGAAAAUCGUGGUUUUUUAUCGCGAAAACGAUAAUUAAACACGGAUAAUUAAUCCGGCGCUUCGGAGGACCAUGAAAAGGUGAAAUACGUCGCGGAAAUAAACCGGAAAACGAUAAUUAAUCGAACCGUUUUAAUGCAAGAAAUAUCACAUCGAUACAUACGUUACAUAGGGCUAAGAGAGAACUGAAUAACGAAGGCGCGAGAGUAUGGCGAGCAGUGGAACCGGAUGGACAAAAGAGGGAUGAUGAAACAUAGUUGGGGAUGAAGGGGUGCAGGGGGAAAUGAGAAAGCGGUUUAUAACGGACGUUAUGGAAUGUGUAGGGAUGGAGGGUGGCUGGAUGCAUUCGUGUAAAAAAUAUACACGAAUGCGCAAGGUUCGCUCGAACAAGAGAAUUUAUUCGGACUAAUUCCUACAAAAGGUUUUUUUGCGGGAUACUGUAUGGAAGGGGUCCUAUUGAACAUACUAAAAGUCUCACCCCGUACCCCGAGUGUGUCGCGUGCUAGAGCGUGAAAAGUGUCCCGCCGCGGCGUUUUUUGCGAUUUUCUCGCGAGGAGUUGAUUUUACGUCAAAAAUAACUUUAUUUUUGUAUUCUACGUCAAAUUUCCGAUCUAGUGAUAUAUCAACUGUCCUUCUACCCCCAAGGGGGGUGGAGCUAGAACCAUUCAAAAAAGGGGGGUUUCCUGAAAAAUACAUGAAGACUAUAGGCACCUAAGAGGGGUGAAAUGGUCCCCGAAAGCGUUCGAGUUGAUAUUAGCAUGGAAGAUGGGUACCAUUGAGAAACUUCCGCGUGAAAAAUUUCAGAUCCACAUCCCCUCCCCUUUUUGAGGAACCCCUCUUUUCUGAAAUUUCAAUAACACUUUUCUCGGCCCCAUUUCAACCAAUUUUGAAAAUUUUUCAGUAUGUUAUGUAUAUCCUUAGUAGGUAUCCCCACAAAAAAUUUCACUCAAUAUCUUGAGUGUGAGUUUAGGAAAAAAUCUGUAACAAACUUAUGGUGCUUAGAGAUGCCCAAGGAACGAUUUAAUGUAAAAAAAUUGGAGGUGGGAUGAAAAACCAAUAUUUGGUGAUAAAGGGUUAAAACUAAUUCUUGAAGGAAAUUUUGACACAAUGCUAUAAAAGGCAGAUAUUCUAUUGUGAAGCUUCAGUUUUAUUUUAUUAAAUUAUGAAAAGCCUGUGCAACUAUUUAUUACUACCUAUAUUGAUUUAUGAAACUUACAAAAAUUAUUUGCACACAAAUGAACUAAAAUAAAUAUUUAAUAGAAAAUUCAACUUUGGUGAAUUUAAACUGAAAGAUUAUUUACUUGGGGGAUGUCAUGGGCUUCAAAGCACGUGAAACUGGAUGGAAUGAGGGUUCAACCAGAAGUGGAUUUUGUGCCUGAGUAUUAGCACAAAUAGGUUGGAACCCUUAGAUCAGCAACUGCGGAGGUGUGUGUUGAAGGGCUUGAGCAAUUGUCUCCACAAACAGUUGGCGUUGAGUGUUGUAUCAACUACAUCAAUUUUUAAAAUCUUGCUCUAACUGUCAAAUUUCAUUAUAUUCUUACUGUAGUGUUUGGAUUUGUUCUUCUACACUUCUAACAUUGCUGUCUAAUGCAGGUGAGUGAGACAUAUUGUUGUUGACAGUGGCAGCCAUCAUCAUCUUUGUGAUUGUCAUUGUGACCAUUGCUACCAGGUUGUACAGUAUUCUGUAAGAGAAAUGAGAAGAGCAUCAUUAAAUUGUACAGGUUGAUAGGUAUAACAAAGGAAGGUGUAGACUAGGGAUAGUAAGAGAGAAUUCAACACCAGUCACACUUCUACUCCUUUAAAAAAAAUAUGAACAAAGUAUCAAAAACUUAUGUGUAUAUGUACAUACCAUUAGUGGUGUCACUAUCAGCAUAGCUAUUUUUUCUGUAACGAGGGCCACAAACACUAUUCUGUAAAAGUUUGAUUUUUACCUGCAAAACAGAAAGGUUCAAAUUAGGUAGGUGAUAGAAAGUACCCGUAUGUUUACUUACUUACAUGUAAAAAUAAAUGUUUUUUUACUUAUAACAAAGUUACCAAAUCUGAUUGUCAUCAAUGAUAUGUAUACAAAGUAUAUACACUUUCAAAUAACCCCCAAUCCACUACAUGACUAAUGAAUACAGUUGGUAACCAUACACCAUACCAGCAGUAAAACAAAAAUGGUCUGAGCUGCCGUGUCCACUAACACAGUACACACAGUGCUCAGCACUCGAAUUCUUCACCAAGUGAUGAACCCUUAUAAACUGUAAGCAAUGGAAGUGGGUAAAUUCAUGAAAAAUCUAACUUCUAUAGCUAGUAUGUACUUACCAUACAACAGUAGAGCUUAACAAUCUGACUUGAACUACAGCAUUCAAAGCAUUUCCUAUGAAUAAGUAGAAUAUCACUAAAAUUCUUCCCAAUGGCUCACUGGGUCGUUAGGUUCCCAUAUUCUGCACAGGAACAGAAGAAAUCAAAUUCACACUAGGUAUGAAGGUCCUAUUAAAUUUGACAGUUGAAGGAAAGUGGUGUGCAUGUGAAAGAAGAUCAACAAUUUCUUCAAGAAAUGGAUAAUUAUAAAUACUAGAGGUCUGCAAGGGUCUAUCUGAAAGCCCCUGGCCCCUGGCCUGAACCAGAUAUGAAACAGGUUGGGCCAAACUGGGCUUUUCAGGCUCAGUAUGUAAUGGUACUCAACACAACAAAGUAACUAAUGAAUACUGGUGGUACCCAAUGUACCCAUAUCAUUAGCAAUCCAGAUACUAGAUAAGUGGCUAUGUCUACCAAUGCUGUAGACACAAUACCAUAUCCUCUGUUCUUAAAAAUGAUCCAUUUGUCAAAAUUUGCUUUUAGUAUGUCUGGCUCUGGAUUAUCAUCAGUGCUAUUCUAUACAAAAAAAAAUGGUUGUAAACAAUAAAUUAAAUAAGUAUAGUAUAAAUUUAAAUCAUAAUGAUUAUACAUAUGAAAGGUACACAAGUUGAUAUGCAUCAAUACCGAUACUUUCAUGAAUUAAAAGGUUUCAUUUUUUCAUGUUUGAUUAUUACCAAUAGAUAUUAAUUUAUGGAACUUUACAAUAAUCAUUUGCACACAAAUGAACUAAAAUAAAUUUAACAUUCAAUGGAAAAUUCAACUUGAAUGAAUUUAAACUGAAAGAUUAUCUUCUGGGUUACAGAAAAUAUACCCAUAUGUUAAGAAAAACUAUAUGUGCUUACUUUUUCUACAUCCACAUAAUGUGUUUCUCCCAUAAUUGAAAAUGAAAUUAGCCUAACUAGCCAAAAACAAUUUAAAACUUAUGUGUACCUUACCAUUUGUGUUUUUUCUACAAUUAAGGUCACUUACCCCAUCCCAAAAAACAGCCACACACUGAUAACGAUUUGAUUAUUUCUAAUUACGUAGUCUCCUAAUCCCUUUGUUGUCAAGGAUGCAUACAUGAAGUAUAGGCUAUCUGGGAAUGACCAGCCCUUCUGCUCACUUAGUGAUAAACACUGCUGGUAUGCACACCAGCAGCAAAACAAAUAAGGCAUGAGUAGCUGUGUCUACUAACACAGCAGACAUAGUACACAGCCCUACUUAGUUUGAAUACUGAUGCACCAUCAAGAACUGAAAGCAAUGGAAGUGGAUUAACUCAUAAAAAUGAAUCUAAGUUACUUCUAUAGCUAGUACUUGCCAUAUAAGAGUAAAUAUGAGCCAGCUGACUGGAAACUGCACUGUUUAAACAAAUUCCUACAAUUGAGUAUGGUAUCUGCACUACCAUUCUUCCCAAUGGCUCAGUAUGAAAUGGUACUCAACCCAACAAAGUAACUAAUGAAUUGCCGUAGACACAGUACCAUAUCCUCUGUUCUUAAAAAAGAUCCACUUGUCAGGAUCAACAACAGUGCCAUUCUAUGCCCAAAAAAAUGCCUGUAAACAAUAAAUGAAAGAAGUACAUACAUAAAUGUAAGUCAUAAUGAUUUGAUGAAAGGUUAUGCAUCAAUACCUACACUUUUCAUGAGAUCAAAAAGUUUCAGAAAGUUUGAUUUUUUCUGUGUUUUCAAACUAAUUCCUGAAAGGAAAUUAAUUUGGACACAAUGCUACAGAAAUCAUUGAUAUUCUGUUUUGGGGCUCCUUUCUAUAUUUCAAAUUGGGAAUAAAAAAUUUAUGAUACUAAGCUUCAGUGUAAUUUUAUUAAAAUAUGAAAAGCCUUUAUAGCAUAUUAUUGCCAUAAAUGUUCUAGUUAUAUGAUUGCUAAUUCAAAUUGACAACUUUGUCUCAUGCUGUUCAUAUAUAGCUGAGUAUAGCGCAUGCUCAAUGAAUUGAAUGUGCAACACAACACAUUCCGCAUUUGGUACAUGUGGUAAGAAUUUAAGCGCAAUACUGAACUGCGCAUGCCGUAUACUCAGCUAUAUUCAAACAGCAUGUGGCAAAAAACUUUUGUUUUAUACGAAGGACCAGCACUACCAGCAAUCUACGAGUAUAUAACUAAAAUGUCUUUGAUUACUACCCAUAUUAAUUUAUGAAACUUACAAAAAUUAUUUGAUCACAAAUGAACUAAAAUGAAUUUAAUUCAAUUUGGGGGAAUUUAUAUUAAAAGAUUAUAUGUGACCUGCCAAGAGAAAAUCAACCUUCGGUUCAAAAAAUCAUUUUUCACUGUUUCGCCAGUUUUUGUGCCCUGAAGCUUCAAAAUUCAUAUGAAACCACCCAGAAGUCCCUAUGAUUUGCACAGCUCCAUAUACAGGGUUUCCUAGUUAUGAGUGUGCUCAUUCUUUUCAUUUCCCCUCAUUUUUUCAUUAUUUCCAUUUUGAAAUCAAUCUGGAGGAGAAACGAAGCAUUCUAUGUGAAAAAUACAUCUAGCAAAGUUUUACAGAAUUAAAUUUUGUUGUAAUCACUAAUAAAUUUCCAAAAUACAAAUCAUUGGUUGAUUAACCCAAAAUGACCAUUUUUUGGGCUUAUGGGGUUCCCAAAGUUGUGAUUACAAUUUUAGGAACCACUGAGUAUUAUUUUCAAAAACUUUUUUAGGGUAAAAUAUCUGUUUGAACUUGAUAAACGUUUGUGAGGUGAUUUUCCUAUUUUCGACCUCAGGGGCAGAAAUUGGGGGGAGUUUGAUUUUUGGAAAAUUUUGGAACCACCAUUUUGAACCAACUCCUUUGAGCCCCACUAAAUUAAAAGCUUUUUACAGUUUAUGAGUAUCUGAAAGACCUUCAUCUUACCAAAUUUUGAGCUCAAUAAAAUUUUCUGCUGGUACUCGAAAAUCCAGUUUUCCAUGUUUUUGCAAUUUCAAAAAUAUGUGAACCCUUGGGAAACUAGAAACCUACAAUUUGCGCCAAACGUAACGUUUUGAGGUAUAUAGGUAUUCAAUUAUCUUGAUGAAAAAGUGUAAUUAAGCUCCCUGCAUACUUGUAAUUUUGAACCCUUUUUUUAGAGCCUCUCACUUUAGGCACCCCUAAAAGAGGUGUUUAAGCACAUUUUUUCAAAUUAAUUGAAGAAUUUACAUUUGAACCACACUGGCAAGUGCUCGAUGAUUUUUCAUUUGAUUUUUCCUGUAACUUUAAAAAUUACGCUUUUUUGGACCAAAUUCUGAUAUUUUACUCUUAGCAAAAAAGCCCAAAUUCACGUUUUCAGGAUUUCAACAAAGUAAAAUCUCAGAAUUUGGUCCAAACAGCCUUAUUUUCAAAGUUAUAGGAAAAAUCAAAUGAAAAAUCAUUGAGCACUUGCUAGUGCGAUUCAAAUGUAAAUUCUUCAAUCAAUUUGAAAAAAUGCGCUUAAAACACCAGUGGGACUGUAAAAAAAGGGUUCAAAAUUACGAAUAUACAAGGAGCUUAAUUAAACUUUUUCAUCAAGAUAAUUGAAUGUAUACCUCAAAAGGCUCAAAAUGUUACGUUUGGCGCAAAUUGUUGGUUUCUAGUUUUCCAGGGGUUCCCAAAAUUUUGUUUUAAGCUUAAAAUUUGGUAAGAUGAAGGUCUUUCAGGUACUCUGCAGUAUGCAAAUAUGAACGAAUAGGUAGAGAGAAGGCCAACGAACCAAAACAAGGCAUACGUAAAACAAUGCCUUGCUAGGUUCGUGACUAGAGGCGAGAAAAUAAAAUAAUAACAAUAAAACAACGACUGUCAGUUUUAAGCCUAAAUUACCCAUAUAAAUAUAAGCUAAUUUCUAGCUUAAGAUAUCAUUUUGUAUAACAAGUUUAGUUGUGAAUAUACCUAUCCAAACUGUACACUUAUGUUUCAAAUAUUUGGUAGAAGAACUCACUCAACCUACACCUAAUCUCAUACAACAUACCUACUCAUAAACUGUAAAACGCUUUUUAGCGGGCCUCAAAAGGGUAGGUUCAAAAUGGAAGUUCCAAAAUUUUCCAAAAAUCAACCCCCCCCCCUCCCCAAUGUCUGCCCCAGGGGUCGAAAAUAGGAAAAUCACCUAGUAUAUAACGCUUAUUGAGUUCAAACAGAUAUUUUUCCUUCAAAAGUUUUUGAAAAUAAUACUCAGUGGCUCCUAAAGUUCUUUUCAUAAUCACAACUUUGGGAACCCCUUGAGCCCGAGAAAUAGUCAUUUUGAGUUAACCAACCACCGAUUCGUAUUUUGGAUAUUCAUUACAACAUUUUAAGAGUGGUCCAGUCGAUAACUGUCAGGGGGCUAAAAAAUGGCCUUAUUUGGACUCCUCCUAUACUACUUCAACUUGGGUGAAUUUAAACUGAAAGAUUAUUCAACUGCUGGGUUAUAGAAAGUAAUGAAGUGGAUAAACUUAUGGAAAAUCCAAGGUGCUGCAGACUGAAUAAAGUUACUUCUAUAGCUAGUACUUACUUACCAUGCAAGAGUAAAAAUGGACCAGCUGACUUGAAACUGCACCAUUUAAAGAAAUGCCUAGAGGAGAAGGUACAAAUAUGGACCCCCUCUAGCUUUUUGGCUUUAAAGGGUAGAAAAAAUUAUCAAAUUUGUUUUUUGAAUAUACCAUUCGAAAGGCCAAAGACUCUAGUAUAUUGUGUAAAAAAAUUUUUUUUUUUGGUUGAAAACUCACGGAGAAAUUUGAAUUUUACAAAAGUGACAUAAAUUGGUACAAAUAUGGACUCGGGUACAAAUAUGGACUCGGGUACAAAUAUGGACACCCUAAAAAAAUAUCUAAAAAUUGCAGAAAAUGAUGCGAAAAUAUAUUUAAAGACGUUUUUUAACUUGAGUAUAUGAAAAAAACAUCGAAUGCAUGACAAUAAACAUCAAAUACAUGAAAAAAAUCGAAAUUAAAAAAAAUCGAUUUUCAUAAGAAAAAACCAAACUUUCUGGAUUUUACUAUUUUUACUUCUAAAAUGGCCCGUACUAUACUUUCUUCGUCCCAUUUCCGUCUUUUAGGACUUCUCUUAUUUGUUGAUUGCUUUUUUCUCAGCAUUCUAGGAAAAAUUAUAUGAAAAAAUUUAGGGGUCCAUAUUUAUACCAACGUAAAAAAACUUGUCAGUUUAUGAAAAAUGGAAAAAAAUACGAAAAUCGAGUAAAGUAAUGACAAGUAUGAAAGCAUAUUCUGAAAGUAUACACUGAGAGCUACUUAUUUCGCUAAUAAUUUUUUUUUUUGAACGUUAUUGGAAGUACAUCAAUUAUUAAAAGAAAACAGAGUAAAAUUUUCCAAUGGCAACAAAAAAUCAUGAAAAAAAAAUCAAAUGCUGAUUGCAGACACAGAAUUUUGCAUCGAUCCAAAAUAUGUAACUAGAUCGUCAGUACUACACUACUAGAACAAUUUUUAGUACAGACCGUGACCGCAGCGCUAGUAGUAUUCUCUAAACAGAGGGGGGUCCAUAUUUGUACCUGGGUCCAUAAUUGUACCUUCUCCUCUACCAAUGAGUAAAUACUAAUGAGUAAACUUGCCUACUUGAAACAUACUCAAAGUAAAUUUUUCUACAAGCAAUUUGUUCUAUGUCCAAAGAAAGGAAAGGUGCACCAACCUUUGGAAACAGAACAAAUGUCAACAUCAAAAAUUUUAAACGCAUUUUUUUGGGAAAAAGGACUUAUCCCACUUUGGAAUAGUGCUCUUUCAAUUGUUAUCUUACCUCCAUCUGGCUUCUAUUGUUAGAGUUGCUUAGCAGAAAUAGAUAGUUUCUUUGAAAGUCCAGUUUUCGACAUAACUUAUGAAUGCUGAAGGUAUGCUUACCAAUAGUACCCCAGUUACCAGAUAAGUGGCUGUGUCUACUAAUACUGUAGACAUAGCGCUAUAUCCUUUGUUUGUUGCAAAGUGAUGUACUAUCAAGAACUGUAAGCAAUGGAGGAAAAAAGAUAUAAAUGUCUAUAUUUAUUCAGUAAUUGGUUUUGAAACUAUCAACUUCGUUAAAUAGAAUUUUGUUUGAUUUAUUUUUUGAUCUAUUUGAAGUGCUUGUCCUGAUUUGAACCAAUUUCUAGGCAGUAACCUCGAGGGAGGUUUCUGACUUGCAUUCUUCAAUUUUUUCUAUGAGUGCAGACAAACUUGAUGCAAAUUCACAUAUGAAAACUGAAUUGAAGUUUACAAUAUUCAAUCAAUUUCAUGAUUGACCACUGCAAUGGUGAGAAAGUAUGAGACACAUACACUCAGUAAGUUAUAGUGAUGAUAUCAAUGUACAAAACUUGUAUUAAAAUUAUUUGUUGUGGUUACACAAAUAAUAAACUAAAAUGAAUUUAAUGAUGAAAAAUUCAACUUGGGAGAAUUUAAACUGAAAGAUUACUUACAUGUCUAGCCAACUAAUUGAGAAAAUUCCUUGACACCCAACAUUAUCCCAUGUGCAAUAUGGCAGACAAAUCUAUAAAAAAAAAACUGCAACUUCUUUGCUCAUGAAGAAGUAAACAAGAAAAAAAGAAUAGAAAAUAAAAUAAGUGAUGAAAUUUUUAAAAAGUCUGUUCUAAAUCUGUUCACACUAGGUAUUUUUCUUCUUUUUAUGGAGCUAGCAAAGGAAUGGAGUAAUAUUCUAUAAUGAUCAGCUCCUUUGCAUUGCUAAAUUUUCAAAAAUUAGUGCUUAUUUGAAAAAAAUCAAUUUUCUAAAUUUACUUUUGUCAUUUGGUCUUGAUGAUGUCUUCUAGGCCAACUGUUUCAAUAGGUAGAAGUACUGGUUCUUUUUUAGUUUUUUGUUCAAACAAGCAUUGAUAUAACACUUUUACAAGUCAAUGAAUUAUUAAUUCCUGUGGACUUAUUUCAUUCACAUAGACUACUUUAUUCAUUUCUGUUUGAUGGAAACUUGUUAUUUUAUAAUUUAUGAUACAAUGAGUGGCUGAGAAGUGUUCAUUGCAAUCUAUAAACACAAAACAACUUGAGUAGUUGAUGGGCUCCUUGGGAACAGCCCUCUUUGCACAUCUAGGCCAUUUUUUAAACUUUCUUCUCAUCUUCUCAUGGAUUGGUCAAUAAAGUCUUGUUCUCCACUAUUACUCAUCUGCUUAUGUACACAUACAGGGUGCCCAGAAAUAUCAAGUACCCCUAAAAAAGUUUUUCAUUAAAAAUAUAGGUUGGCAACGUGAAAUAUAUGCAUAUGAUUGGUGGAAUGUUAUCUAGAGCCAGUCCAACAACCAAUCAUGUGCUAUCAUUAUUAUCAUUCACUGUGACCAACCAAAGCAUUUGAUAGAAAACUUUUUUAGGGGUACUCGAUAUUUCCUGGCACCCUGUACAUUGACAUAUGGAGAGCGCUAUGGCUAUUGUGGAUAACACAGAACUUACUUAGACAAAUUGAGCCCUUUUUUUCUCAAAAAUCAUAAUAAAUGUCGUAUCUUACACAAAAAAAUGAGAUUCUUACUCAAGAAAUAACCAUUAUGUGUUUAACCAAAACGAAAAACUGAAUUGGUUAAGGGGAUAUUCUCAAUACACCAAAUUUUCUCAUAGCAUAACCAAAAUGCCUUAAUUUUACAUUGGUCUUAUGGGACGGAAUGGGACAAACUUCAAUGUUAUAAUUUAGAGCCGCGGAUGCAUGGAAUGGGCUCAAAUUUGAAAUACAUGUUUUUCAAGACAUUUUGAACAAUCCUGUGCAUGCAUUUGUCAAUGCGUUGAAUAGUUUUUCAAUAAAUACAGUUUCAAGAAAUGUUGGAUUUUUCUCAAAAAGUCCAACAUUCCAUUAAAUCGUAUUUUUUUGAAAACUACUCAACGUAUCGACAAAUGCAUGCACAGGAUUGUUCUAGUGGUCUUGAAAAACAUGUAUUUCAAAUUUGAGCCCAUUCCAUGCACAAAUUGCUCUGAAUUAUGUGUUUGAAGUUUGGCAGGCGGACAGAUAUACUACCAUGUAUUGAGAAUAUCCCCUUAAGGUUAUAGUUAAAAAAUUUCAAAUCAAUAAUUUCGGUUAUGGUUACGGUUACGGUUGCAGUUUUUGCCUCAUUUUAGAGGUUAAAAUUCAUUUCAGUUAAAAAUUUCAGUUACAGUUUCCAUCCCUGAUUGGAAUGAAAAUAAUGCUCAUCUGAAGUAUUUAUCUUUUUUUUUUUUUAUAGAAAAAGCAUUAUUCUGCAUAUAAGUAUUUAAUUGAUAUGUAAUUGUUAUCUUACCUCUAUCUGGCUUCUGUUGUUGAAGUUUAGCUGAUUAAUGCUGAAGGUAUGAUUACCAACAGUACCUCAGUUACCAGAUAAGUAACUGUGUCUACUAAUACUGUAGACAUAGCACUAUAUCCUCUGUUCUUUGCAAAGUGAUGUACUAUCAAGAACUGUAAGCAAUGGAGAAAAAAAGAAAUAAAUGUCUAUAUUAUGUAUUUAUUCAGUAAUUGGUUUUGAAACCAUCAGCUUCUUUGAAUAGAAUUUUGUUUGAUUUAUUUUUUGAUCUAUCUGAAGUGCUUGUCCUGAUUUGAACCAAUUUCCAGGUGGCAAGUUCGAGGGUGUUUUCUGACUCGCAUUCUCCAAUUUUUUCUAUGAGUACAGAAAAACUUGAUGCAAAUUCACAUAUGAAAACUGGAUUGAAGCCUACAAUAUUUAAUUAAUUUAAUGAACAACCACUGCAAUGAUCUGAAAGAACAAGACAUAUAUGCUCAGUAAGCUAUGGUGAUGAUAAAUAUUAAUUUACAAAAAUUAUGUAAAUUAUUAGUUGUGGUAACACUAAUAAACUAAAAUGAAUUUAAUGAUGAUGAAUUCAACUUGCGGGGGGGGGGGGAUUUAAACUGAAAGAUUACUUACAUUAGAGCUAGAAAGAAGUCUAGUUUUUUUCUGCCCUAUGCCCUACUAUGUUUACAGCAUGUUUUUUUUCAUUCCUAUCAAGUUUACAGAACCCUUUACAACCUAAUUCAUUUGUAUGAGGAGAUAAUAUUUCUUUGUUUACUUAUAUGGGCCAUGAUUUACUGACUGGCCAUUAAGUCUUUCAAUGACAGGCUGGUAAAUAAAUAUCAAUCUUGUUUCAACCACAAGCAGCGCUGAAUUUUAUUCAAAAAGGAAGUUUUCAAGUUCAGAUGUCUUGAUUUUAUUUACAGUAUCAAUGAGUAAACACAAGAUUUCUCACAAUUCAUCUAACUGAGUUUGCAUUGACAGAAACUCAUUCUGUUUAAAGAAUUAUCUACCUGACAAUAUGGCUAUUUGAGAAAAUUCUUUGACACCAAAUAUCUUCCCAUGCGCAAUAUGGCCAACAAAUCUAAAAAAAAAAAAAACAAAAACAAAAACCAAAAAAAAAUGAACCAGUAAAAAAUAAAAUAAAAUAAAAUAUAUAAUAAAUUUUUAAAAAUGAAUAAUAUCUUGGGAACCAUUCAAAAUCUAUUCACACAAUUUUAUUUUCAAUUUUAAGGAGGCGCUAGCAAUGAAACAGAGCAAUAUUGUAUAAUGGUCAGCUCCUUUGUGUUGCCAGAUUUCCAACAAUUAUUAAUCAUUUGAAAAAAAUCAACUUUUUAAAUUUACCUAUUCAUUAUCUUGUUUGCCGUCAACAGUUCUCUAUUGGCAGAUAGUGAGUUUGUAGUAAUGUUCAUUGUUUAUCUUGACUGUGUUUAUCAUGCACAGUUUUCUGGAUGCGCACAUAGGAAGUAGGUUCUAAGUUUUCAGUAAGAAUUUUCAGUCUCUGUGCUUCAUGUUCACUUAAGGCUUUUAUGCGCCUUAGACUCAACUGCAAAUACAUACAAUUUGAAAAUGGUAGUUCUGUAGGAAAUAUUUUGCUCUUUUUGCUACUUGAGGAGAAGACCUUUCUUAUACAUUAGUACAUUCGUUAUUAAUAAAGUAUAAAACCCAACUCUUCAAUACUUAUUAAUAAAAUUGAAAUAAUUUUUAUUAAUAUUUAAUUUUAUACAUAAAAUAUAAUCUUAAACUCUAAAUUUAAAUUCAUUAAAUAUCAAAAAUAUAAAUUAAUCCUUUCAUACUAACCUUUCUUAUAUUACUAAGUACAUUCGUUAUCAUCGGCAGCUAAUAAAACAUAACUGAUUCGUUCUGUGAAAUAAACAUUAGACAUAUACACCGUAACAGGUUGUGUAGGAGCCAGAUGUGCGAAAAAACAUGACUUCUUAAAAAAUACUUCCUCUUUGAGCACCUACUCUACGAGUGUAUAUACACCCUCCAAGGACACCCCCCCCCCCUGAGCUAAAAAAAAUCUGAAUGACUAUCAACACUGAUUCAACCUAAGAUAAAGGUCUCCACACAAUUUGAUUACUUUAUAAUCCUCCAUUCUUUUGUGUUCCACCCAUGAAGAUAUUUAUUUUGUAUAACUGUUUUUUUUUCCUAGCCGUUAAUUAAAACCAAGUGCAUACCUAAUAUGUUGUUAAAACUUGAAAACUGAUCCUCUCAGACUUUUUUAAAGCACUUUUAAUUCGAAAAUUUGUAUGUGAAAUUAUAUUUGUUAUACGAUUGGAAAAUUUUCCAAAAUUUGUGUAUGGUAAUUGUAUCCAAUUGAAAACAGUGCAUUGUGAUAAUUGUUAUUAAACAUGUUAGAUUUAGACAAUAUUGUGCGCUUUAUUAUUAAAUUGUACCUGUGAUGUGAAACUUGAUUUUGCGCAAUAGUUACCUUUUACUUGUGUUUCUUAUAGCGUUUAUUAAUUUUACCAUAUUGAAAAAUGUACUUCCCUACCUAGUCAUUUUAUUUUGCAAUAUAUGUUGAUGAAAUUUUA